AUGCGUCCAAACGUUGCCCCAGCUCUACUUUUCUUCGCCGUUUUAAGUAUUUUCUGUUAUUUGCUAUAUUCAAAUGCUAGAGAAGGUUGUCUAGACGCGUGGAGCGAUAAAGUCUUCUUGCAAGACUAUGUUCUCACGAAGAAACAUUACGUGGAAACUGCCAAGGAAAGGACAAAUUUGUUGAGAGACGUUUUACUGCAAAAGAGAACCAAAACUUGGCGAUUCGCUGACAUCUACAAUGGAUUGGUGCCAGAGGUCUUUUGCACAUCACUCCUCCGCGUCGGUAAAGUGAGCGAUGGUGGGAAAUGGAUUUGCCGACCGUGGAGUAUGCCAAACGAUUGUGCUGUUUAUUCAUUGGGUGUCAAUCAAGAUACGUCAUUCGAAAGAGAUCUCCAAUCAUUGACGCAAUCAAGAUGUCGACUAUAUGCCUAUGAUAAGAACCAGCCAAAAUCCGCAAAAGUCCUCGAGGGACUCGACAAAAUGAAUGUUCAUUUCAAGAAAGGAUUAAUCGGAAUUGUGAAUGAUCCGGAAAACGGAAAAUUGAGUAUUCAAGAGGAAAUGAAAUUGUAUAAGGAUAAAAGAGUCGAGAUUUUAAAGAUUGAUAUUGAAGGUGCAGAACUGAAGGUACUCCCGGAGUUGAUAAAUGCGGCUAGGAUUUGUCAGAUCCUCGUUGAGAUCCACGCCGAUCCGCAUCUUGUACUCGAUUUGAUGAAGAAGCUGGCCAAAGGCGGUUAUCGUUUAUUCUCCUAUGAGAUCAACGAGCAAUAUAAUGUUUUACCAUUUGAAAAUUAUUUGGAAAAUUUG